UUCCCCCCACCACCCCCUCCCUCCGCCUGUUCCCUGCCCUUCCUUUCAUCCGGAGAUCCUGACCCGGAUCUUUUCUGCCAGUCUCUCCCCCUCCCCCCGAAGCAGCCCUCGGAGCCCUGGGAUGGGGGGCCGGGCUUCCUCCCGGCUGAUCUUGGCGCCGAGGCAAUUGCAGCCUUCGUCCCCAAGGAGCGUGGCGGUGGGGAGGGAAGCGAGGCGUCUCGGGGUCUUCGUGCCCGGAUGCCCGACGCUGAGCUGGACGGGGGUGCGGCGGGUAUUCUGCACCGGGACGACAAGCUUUGCAAGGCUUUGAGCCUGGAAGCUCCGUUGGGAAGGAAGCGGGAGAAGAGAAAUCAUUGCUGCUGCAGCAGCGGCAGCGGAUCUUCCGAGCGGGCAGCGAUCCGGUGGCUAAACGGGUGCUCUAUUCACACACACCCCAAGGACAUCAGACAACUUCUGAAGAUGCAGUCCUGUGCAUCUGUUGAAGGAGGAACCACAGACCUCUGAACCCCUAUCCAUGAAACUGAUUCCGGACGCAUAACCAAGAGAAUUCCAGGGAAAUGUCUUCGUUGGAAUUCCCUAACGUGACAAUUAAGUUAGAAGACAAAGAAGAUGUUUCAUGGCUUCCAAACAACCAGGUGGCCGAAGGAAGUCGGAGUUUCUCAGUUGAUCAUUCAGGAUUUCCUGUUCCCAAGUCUGAAAUGAUCCAUGGGGGAGAUCCAUGGAUUCCAGAGCCUGCUUCACAAGAAAAAGAAAUUCCAGUAGAUUAUGGUUCUGAGCUUCCAGAUGUAAUAAUAAAGCUGGAACAGGAAGAAAUCCCGUAUGUUCCCUGCCCCCAGGUUUCAGAAACAAGUGUGACAUUCAAAACAGUCCAAUCAGGUGUCCAUGACAAAAUGUUGCAGAGAGAAAUACCAUUUUACUCCGGCUGUGUGAGACGUUUCCCUGACAAAGCCGACCGUGUCAAACAAGAAAACCAAAACACGGCGGAGAAGCCCCACAAGUGCUCGUGCUGCACCAAAAGCUUCAUGAAGCGGUCCAACCUUCGUACCCACGAGAGAAUCCACACGGGGGAGAAGCCAUUCCGUUGCUCUGAAUGCGGCAACAGCUUCAGCGAUGGUUCCAGUCUCAUCAGGCACAAGCGGAAGCACACCGGGGAGAAGCCGUACAGCUGCUCGGCGUGUGGGAAGCGGUUCAACCAGAGCUCCAGCCUCAUCAGGCACGAGCGGAGUCACACGGAGUAUAGACCCUACAAGUGCUUGGAAUGUGGGAAAAGGUUCAACCAGAGCUCCACCCUCGUGCGGCACGAAAGGAUCCACCGAGAACAGAGACUGUACAAAUGCUCGGGCUGCGAGAAGAGAUUUAUUCAGAGCUCCAGUCUCCUGGCUCACGAGAGGAUCCACCGGGGAGAGAAACCUUACAGCUGCACAACUUGCGGGAAAGGCUUCGUCCAGAAAUCUAACCUUCUGAUUCACGAGAUGAAACACACCGGUUUGAAGCCCUUCAAGUGUCUGGACUGCGGGAAAGGCUUCAAUCAGAAUUCAAGCCUCGUCAUACACCGGAGAAUCCACACGGGGGAAAAACCGUACAGUUGCUCGCACUGCCGGAGACCUUUCAGCGACAAGUCGAGCCUUAACAAACAUGAGCGAGCCCACCGAGGGGACAAACCGUACAAGUGUUCCAGCUGCGGGAAAAGCUUCGUGCGGCGAUCUCACCUUUUGACUCACGAAAGGAUCCAUACGGGGGUGAAGCCGUUCAAGUGCUCGGACUGCGGGAAAAGCUUCAGCAGCCGGUCACACUUGAUCAGGCACGAGGGGACGCACACGGGGGAGAAGCCCUACGAUUGCUCGUUCUGCGGGAAAAGCUUCAACCGGAAGUCCAACCUGACGAACCACGAGAGGACGCACACGGGGGAGAAGCCUUACAAGUGCUCCGAUUGCGGGAAAAGCUUCAGUGACAGGUCCAGCCUGAUUAAACAUGAGCGGAUCCACACCGGGGAGAAGCCGUACAGCUGUACAUCCUGUGAGAAGAGCUUCAGCGACAAAUCGAGCCUUAUCAGGCACGAGCGGAUCCAUACGGAGGAGAAGCCAUACAAAUGCUCCGAUUGCGGGAAAGGAUUCAACCAGAGUUCGAGUCUCAUUGUGCACGAGAGGACCCACACGGGCGAGAAACCCUUCAAAUGCUCCGAUUGCGGGAAAGGCUUCAUUCGCAGGACGAUUCUUAAUAAACACGAGAGAACCCAUGCUGGGGAGAAACAAAAAAGCGCGCGAGCUUCGGCGGCGGCGCGCGAGCAUGCCCGGGGCCGAAGAGGCGGCGCCCGCCCGCCCUAUCAUAAUAAGAGCUUCCCCCUCCUUUAUUCCCUCCCCCUCCGCUUCCCUUUCUUCUUCUUCUUCUUCCCCCGCUCUGUUUAUUCGCCCAGCCCUGCCCGGGCCCGUCUCCUGCCGCCGAAUCGCCUGGCGGAGCGCUGCGAAGUGGGAAUCCCCGCGUGCGAGAUGCCAGUGAAUUUCAAAGAAGUUGCUAUGUAUUUUCCAGAGGAUCAAGACCUGAUGUCGGAUAUAAAUCAAAGGAGUCUCUACGAAAGUGGCAUGCAGGAGAAUGCAGGUGGUGGGCAGAUCCAUGAGAAGAAGGAAGAUGUGUUAGGGCAAAACUAUAACCAAAAUCAACAAACUGGAACAUCCCCGGGCGCGGCGGGCAAAGUGGUUUCCUUGUUUUUUGAGGAAGGAGAGCCAACAGUGAAGCAUCUCAACCCAGAGAGGCAGCGGCAAUACCAUUUAGCAAAGAGAAGAGAUAGCUCUGCAGCUUACACCCAGGUCCCCCAGCCUCCGGGCCAGGGUGCAUCUGGAAAGACAAGGCGCAGAUCCAAGAUCCCAAGAACCUGUAAUGAAUGUGGGAAGACGUUCGCUCAGGCGUCCAACCUCCUGGCCCAUAAGCGGAUCCACACGGGCGAGAAGCCCUAUAAGUGCGUCCACUGCGGGAAAAGCUUCACCGAAAGGUCGAAUCGCAACCGUCAUCAGAGGACCCACUCGGGACAAAAGCCCUACAAUUGUCUUGACUGUGGAAAGAGCUUCAGUUUCAGGUCCGACCUCAUCCGACAUGGGAUCACCCACACCGGAGAGAGGCCGUACAAAUGCUCGGAUUGUGGGAAAAGCUUCAGCCAUGCCUCAACCCUCAUUCGGCAUGAGAACAUCCACACGGGGGAGAAACCUUACUCCUGCGCGGACUGCGGAAAAUGCUUCACCCAAAGCUCAUCCCUUCUGGCGCACAAACGGCUGCACACCGGAGAGACGCCGUUCAUCUGCCCCAUUUGUGGGGAAAGCUUCAAUUGGAAGUCGCAUCUGGUGACGCACAAGCGGACCCACACUGGGGAACGCCCGUAUAAGUGCGGCAAGUGCGAGAAAAGCUUCAUCGAGAAAUCCAAACUCAACCGGCAUCAGAGGACCCACGCGGAGAAGGAACUCUAUGGAUGUGGGGAGUGCGGGAGAAUCUUUAGCCUCCGAUCCAACCUGAUCCGGCACGAGACCGCUCACCAAGCAGCGAAAUCCCACAACUGUUUGAGCUGUGGGAAAAGUUUCAACCAGGCGGCGAAACUGAUGCGGCAUGAAAGGGUCCACACGGGAGAGAAGCCCUACUCCUGCUCGGGCUGUGGGAAAAGUUUCAGCCAGACUUCCGAACUCCUGCGGCACGAAAGGAUCCACACCGGAGAGAAACCGUACAAAUGCUCGGCCUGCGGGAAGUGCUUCAAUCGCAAAUCACACCUCAGCACUCACGAAGCAACCCACUUAGCUGACCUGCCACGUGGAGGGCUACAAAUCAGGAGAGUCUAUGACAGCAGCUCACUCUUUAUUGCAGGGCUGAGUCCCCACCAGCAGACCCACGCAGAGGGACAGGCGUAUUCGGGCUCAGAAAGUGAAAAAGACUACAGCCACAGUUCGAUCUUCAUUGCGGGGCUGAACCCCAGCAGGCCCACCCACGUAGGUGACCAGCUGCAUGAAUGGCCCAACAGCGAGACCAGUUACGGCCAUUGUUCACUCCUAAUCACUGGAGUCAAUCCACAAGAAGGCACUCAGGCAGAGGAGCCCCUGUUUCAAUGUCUGGACAGAGAGACCAGCUACACUCGUAGCCCGUUGUUUAAAAGCAUAAUGAACCCACACCAGGUGGCCCUUUCGGGAGGCCAAUCAAUUUCCUGCGUGGACCGCGAGAAAAAUUGCAGUGACCCCUCGCUUUUCCAGAAGGAGGACAAACUGUUUAAAUGUUCCGAAUGUGGAAAGAGCUUCAACUGGCAGUCUCAUUUCACUCGGCACAAAAGAAUUCACACAGGAGAAAAGCCGUACUGUUGCACGGACUGUGGGAAAAGUUUCAACCGCAGAUCACACCUUGUUCGACACAGCAGGACCCACAACGGACUGAGCCUGUACUCUCAGACUGUUGAAGAAUCCUCAGUUCAGGACCUGGUUUUCUUAAACCCAAGCGAACCAAUGCAGGAGCGAACAGUGAUUAACACACAGAGUGCGGGGGCUUCCUCCUUCCUUCCUUGCACGAGGUUACCACCUGGAAACCUCACAGUCCUGCCUGCUGAACCCACUCAGGAAUAAAUCUUGUGAAGGUUCAGUGCAGGAUGAAGUAUUAAAGAGCUCAUCCCAGGGAAAAGCUGUGUAUUGGGCAAUACACAGUAGUACAAUAUCCGUUCUCACUAGGCCCAAAUGCCUGUGGCAAGGGAACAGUGGCCUUAACUCUUAGGAAUAAUAGAUGUGGUAAAACUGUUCCUAGCAGGAGAGUUUUUCCAUAAAACAAUUCCAAAUCUCCAUGCUCACUGAAAAGUAGCCUGUCAGGGAGCUAAAUUAGCAGUCUCCCUGAGGUGCUGCUUCUGUACCAGAGGUGUCAAACUCAGUUUCGUUGAGGGCCACAUCAGGAUUGUGUUUGACCUUGAGGGGCCGGGGGGGGCGUGGCUGGGGUGGGUAUGGCCAGAUCAAUGUCACUCGUGGGGGCACCUGUGGUGGCUGAGUGCCCUGCCAGACAAAACAAGGUCCUGAGCUCUAUUUUAGGCUGCAAUGGCCUCCUGCAGCCCUCUGCCAGGGCGCAAUAACCCUCCGGAGUUCCAUUUUGGCUGACAUAGGAUUGCAGGAGGCUGUCGCAGCCAAAAACGGAGCUCAGGAGCCCCUUUUGGCUGGCAGAGACACCGGAGGGGGGUGCGGUUUUUCACUGUCUCCAGGGCAGCCCCACAGGCCAGAUAUAAGUACACUGCGUGCCGCAUUCAGCCCACGGGCCUUGAGUUUGACACCCCUCUUCUAUACCCCUUUUUUAAAUACAAUCCCCGGCUUCUGAUCUCUCGUUCAUGUUCAAAAGAAGGCUAUUAAAAGUUUUCAAUCUGAAGCCAAACCAUGUGGAAGAAUUUCACGCCAAGGAUGUUUUCUCUUUUCCUGCCUUUGCAAAUUCUUCCCGGAGAGCUGAAGUGGGGAAACUUGGCCUCUCCAGUUGUUGCUGUAUUUUCACUAUCAUUCACCUCAGGCAGUGAAUAUCAAGGAUGAUGGGGAUUAGAAUCCAGCAGGGUCUGGAGUGGUAUAGGUGCUCAGUCUCAACUGUUAGGGAAAAUGGUUGGACCACUCAAGAUAAUAAUGGGAUUGUAGAGCUGAAUAGCUCUUAAUAUUGGAAAACUCCUUCCAUUAAAUUAAAUUGAAGUAUUCCAGUAUUAUUCCAGGCUGCCGCAAAGAAGAGAGGGUCAAUUUAUUUUCCAAAGUACCAGAGGGCAGGACAAGAAAC